UCAUGUUCACUCAGAAAUUCACUUGAACGAACGGGCGAAUUGGUCAUGGAUUAAAUGAAUAAAACUUGGAAAACACAGUUUGUUUUAACUUCAUAACAGUAUUCCUCAAGAACUUAAGGAUGAUGAUGAUGAUUGUUAUUGUUGUUGCUGUUGUUGUGUGCAGUAAACAAGGAAUAGGAGAGUUGCCCAGAUGCUGGACCUCUUUCUUCAACAGCCAGUAGGGCGCAUGCUUGUUCUGUAGUUUUCUCGUGCAUGUGCGUAAUGACGCAUCAGUCCUCUAGCGCUUCUCCUCGCCUCCUCCCCCCUCUCACAUCUGGAUUUGGCCCCUCUCAUCAGCACCACUCAACGCAGUGCGAGAGAGAGAGAGAGACACAGAGGGAGGGAGGGAAACGACCGAAGAAGCGGUGGCUUGCUCGGUCGGUGCAGCCUCAUCCACAACCGAGAAGAAUCAGCGAGAGAAGAGAGGAAGGACAUCUCACCUUUUCAUCCGCUUUCACGGAUAUUUUGGAUUUUCUCUGUCCUCCAUCAGUCAGUCCAGUUUCAGUUUCCUUCUCCUUCUCUUCCGUCAUUUGUCUUGAGUAUGAUGAGCUCCAGCCUGCUGGAAAACCCGGUACAGGCGAUUCUGUACCUGCGGGAACUCACCACCAUUGUCCAGAACCAGCAGAGUCUCAUCCAGACCCAGCGCUCCCGGAUAGAGGAACUGGACCGGCGAGUGGACGAGCUCAUCGGCGAGAACAGGCACCUGCGGAACGUCAGGGUACAACAACAUCAUCCUUACCAUCAUCAUCAUCACCAUCACCCCGACCCCAGCUGCCUUCAUCACCACCACCACCCUCAGGACCCCCAGCUCAAGACUGCUGCGGGGUCCUUGCCAAACCAUGCGGCUGCACCAUCACAGGUCGAGGCUCCGGUGGGCCAGCCGUCGCCAUCCCAAACUAUGGACCCGGGGGACAUGCAGCUGGUCCCGGCCGACCAGUCCAUGGUUUCCCCACUGGAAAGUGACCCAGAAAACGGCGGAAGUUGCCAAAGCUGCCGCUCUUUGGUUCCGAUGACCCCCACAACCCUUUGUCGAUCUCUGGCCGUAGCCAGGAAAUCCGAGAGUGAGACCGUGCUGCAUCAGUUUUGCUGCCCCGCCCCUGAACAUCCAGAGGCUGACACCACUGGCUCAACCAGCGGACAGAUGCUGAGCCUGGAGGAUGGAACGUCCUCUGGUGGUGGACAGGAAGUGGAAGGGACCAAGAGAGAGGGACCCAGCGAAUACGAGAUCACCUUGGAGAAUAAAAACAAACAGAUAGAAGAGUUGGAGCAGAAGUAUGGAGGCCAUCUCAUAGCGAGGCGGGCAGCCCGUCGCAUCCAGACGGCCUUCCGUCAGUACCAGCUGAGCAAAAACUUCCAGAAGAUACGUAACUCUCUGUCAGAGAGCAAGCUGCCCCGACGGAUCUCCCUGCGCCAUCCCAGCCCUUCAGGCCGGAACAGGAACUCAACCCAGAGACACAGUUACAGCCUGCAUCCAGGAGGAGGACAGAUACCAUUACGCUCCAAAACUCCUCCUCCGCCCCCGUGUCGCUCCACCUCUCUGCCACCUUCUCCUGCAUCUGCCCCAGCAGCUGCUCCCUCUCCUGCCCCAGGCCCAGCCCCACCUCAGACCCCUGGACCAACACUCACACAGCUGGAGGACUGCUUCUCUGAACAACUUCAGUCCCUAGCCCAGUCGAUUGAUGAGGCUCUUCGUGGUUGGAGCUUGUUGGAGGGUGGAGAGGCAAAGGGGCUUCUGAUGGACCCUGGGGCCCUUCGUGCAGCUGCUGAGAGCGCUUGUCUGCCCCGCAGUGCCAGUUCACUGCUCAUGGCUUUUAGGGAUGUCACUGUUCACAUCGACAGCAAUAGCUCCUACACCAUCUCUUCCACCACCACUACAACCACCACCUCUCUGGGCAAUGUAGGCGGGGGAGAGCCAGGCAGCAGGAAGACUUCUGUGAGUGGCGUGUCCGGGGUAGGAGACAGCCUGUCGGCAGAGGAGCCAGAAUUUCCUGCACCUCCACCAAGUGAGGAGUUGGAAAUGGUUGAUCUUGGAUCAAGGAGGGGUUCUGCAGUGCCAGCAGCAGGAGGAGGAGGAGGAGGAGGAGGGAUGGAAGGGGACAGCAGCUCAGACAGACAGGAGUCCACCUCCACGUCUACCUCUACAUCCACCUCUAUCUCCACCUCAGCCCAGACUAACCAGCAGCCUGCUCAGAUUUACACCCAGUACCAGCAGUACCACUACACUCAUCCGCAGCAGAUCCCUGGGGGGCCAAGCCCAGAGGCCCUGCAGGCCCUGGUGGUCUCUCUGCCCAGGGACCGCUGCCAGGAUCCAGCCUCUUGCCGCUCUCCAACGCUGUCCACAGACACACACCGCAAACGCCUCUACCGUAUCGGACUCAACCUCUUCAAUGUGAACCCAGAAAGAGGCAUUCACUUCUUGAUCACGCGUGGUUUCGUCCCGGACACAGCCAUCGGAGUGGCUCACUUCCUGCUGCAGAGGAAGGGCCUUAGCAGGCAGAUGAUUGGAGAGUUCUUGGGGAACAGCAAGCUGCAGUUCAACAGAGAUGUCCUAGAUUGUGUCGUGGAUGAGAUGGAUUUCUCAGGCAUGGAGCUCGACGAAGCCCUGCGAAAGUUCCAGGCUCAUGUUCGUGUUCAGGGAGAAGCACAGAAAGUGGAGAGACUCAUCGAAGCCUUUAGCCAGAGGUACUGUAUGUGUAAUCCUGAUGUGGUGCAGCAGUUUCAUAACCCGGACACCAUCUUCAUCCUGGCCUUUGCUGUGGUCCUCCUCAACACUGACAUGUACUCGCCAAACAUCAAACCCCAGCGCAAAAUGGGCCUUGAUGACUUUAUACGCAACCUAAGAGGUGUGGAUGAUGGAGCAGACAUCCCCAGAGAAAUGGUCGCAGGCAUUUAUGAAAGGAUCCAACAAAGAGAGCUCCGCUCCAACGAAGACCACGUCACCUACGUGAGCCGUGUGGAGCAGUCCAUCCUUGGCCUGAAAACUAUCCUCGCUGUGCCCCACAGACGUCUGGUGUGCUGCUGUCGUCUCUUUGAGGUGCCUGACGCCAACAAGCCUCAUAAGCAGAAACUGUCCCAGCUCCAGAGAGAGGUCUUCCUCUUCAAUGACCUGCUGCUGAUCCUGAAGCUGUGUCCCAAGAAGAAAAGCUCAGCCUCUUACACCUUCUGCAAAGCUAUGGGUCUUCUGGGAAUGCAGUUUCACCUCUUCAGCAACGAAUACUACGCCCAUGGCAUUACCAUGCUGAGCCCGUUUACCUCAGAGAAGAAGCAGCUGGUGAGUUUCUGCUCCCCGAGCGGAGAAGAGCUCAGGAAGUUUGCUGAGGAGCUCCGAGAAGCUAUCACCGAGGUCAAUGAGAUGGAGCAGAUACACAUCCAGUGUAAGGAAGGAAGCGAACACACACAAGUCAAAAUAUGCAGACACAAACAAACACGUACUACACUGAAAUGUAUGUGGCUGGUCGCAGUAACUGUUUCUUGUGUCGUAGGGGAAUUGGAGAGGCAACAAGGCAUCCAGCCACACGGCAUACACACCAACGGCGGGCAAGUGGACACACACACAGGACAUGGCUCUCCCUCAGGCCAACAGGAUCCGUACGAUAAAACUGGCAGCAACAACAACACAGUCGAGGUGUCAAUUCACAACAGGCUGCAGACCUAUCAACUGAGCCAGCCCAGCAUUGAGUCCACGCCCCUGGCCCUGGCUGCUCCACCCGCCCUGCUCAGCCCUGUUCAGCCCGGGGAGCUCCGCCCAGAAACACUCAUCCAAUGCCAGCAGAUUGUCAAGGUGAUCGUUGUGGACCAGAGCGGGCGAGGGCGGAUGGAGGCCUUCCUUAGCCAAGGCCCAGCUACCCAUCAACUCAUCCAGUCGGCCAUGUCCACACCUGUGCGAGUCAGAGAAGGCGAUGGCCCUCAGCCCCCUCUGCCGCCUCCCCCACCACCUUACAACCACCCCCACCAGUUCUGCCCCCCUGACUCACCCAUGCCGCUCCACCACACCAUGCCUCUCACCCGCAGACGCAACUCCAGCGGCUCCCGCAGCAUCGUCUAAGGCGCUGGCUACUCUACGAACCCUUGGGGCCAAACCCUCACAAUUCACACACAACAACCCACACACAUGCUGGAGCAGUAAGUUGACGCACUUUGAAUAGUAACAUAAAAGCAUUGCAGAGAAUACACUGUAUGAGUCAAAGAGACAAAAGAAAAGGAAAACAACAAGAAUCUAUUCAUAGGCUUGACUGACUGGUGUUGUUUUUGAAAGUGGAGUAGUUUUGAUGCCAUUUCUGAAAGACUUUUCUUCUUUUCUUUUGUCUCCAACAUGUCACCCAGUAGCUGAUGGUGAUGUCUGUCUGGAUUUCACACUCUUUAAGAGAUCUUGUGACUUUAUAUUUUGAAAUGUCACCUGUCUAAAUGUGUUUGCGAGCAAUGACUGUGAAGUGAAGGGAAGAUGUCAGUAAAGGAAACUUGGGCAGCCCUGCUAGGACAUGAGGUCGCUUUAAAGUUGAAGGGCAGGCUCUUAAUGUUGAGUUCACACCUCAUUGUUUGGUCCAGGUUUUCAGUAUCAGAUACCAAGUGUGGAAUAAUUUCAACAGAAUUAACUUAUCUUCUUCUCACUUGAAUCUUUUUUCCCCUCUUUUUUCCACCUCCCAUCUCUUUAAUGUGAAGAAACAAGAGUACCAGCUUAUUUGUUUCCUUCAUUUUCUAGGGAACAGAUAGAUCAGUAUAUGUGAAGAUGAAGGGAAACAAAAGGGUUUAAGGCUCUUCAAUCUCUGCCCUGUCAUGUGAAGUGUAGUGUAGUAAGCAAGGAUGUUGCUUCUCACUUACCCAACCUAAAACCCUGCCCUGACGACAAUCAUAUUUUUCUGCGCUUCAUUGUGUAUUGUGUGUUUCGAGAAACUUGUGUGAGCAGGUAUCUUCACAGCAAUGUGUGACUGCCCUGAUCCUGUAGCAUUUUGCUCUCACAGAGCUCAGGAAUGGAUUUGCUGCACUGUAACAUGUAAUUUCUGCACCUGUGAGUUGUACUGAGAGCAGCGUGCUUGUGUGCUGUGUGUUCAAUCUGCUUACUCAUGAGCCGCAGUGAGCAGAGCUGGUAAUUCAUUCAAAAUGAGGCUAAAACAGCCGGGUGAAGCCUUUGUCCUCCUGUAUAUUUACUCCUAAUGGGUUACCUAGUGUGAAUAUUGUUGUUACCUUUCGAUUUAGGCAAUGUCUCUGCAGAGGAUACUCUUAGCUUUAGUUUAAAUGAAUAAAAAGUGCUCCACGCAGGGUAGACCAAGGUCACCGCACAAAAAAGAUUCCUCUCUCACAUAUUAUAUUUUCCUUGCACAUUGAAAAUGUUUUAAAAGCAGAGAUCUAUUUCUUUAAUGAAUGUUAGUCAGGGCGAAAACCGAAGAUGUCCAUGGAGUACUUUGUGAUUUCGUCACCGUGUUGUCUGUCCAGUGUCGAUGGUUCAAUCUUGAGCCAGUUUGUACAGCAGAUCACAAAUCAUCCAACUGAGACACACCAAACAUGUCUUGUACCUUUUGCACCACAGAAUAUAUUGGAUAUAUUGUAAAUAGAUAAUAUAGAUUUAUUCUGAAAAUUGAGUGGUUUGCCCAGUGUGUGUAUCUACGUAUGUAUUUGUACAGAGAAGCUCUAGUUUAAAAGAAAAAAAGGAUAUAAUAGUUAUUAUAGUUAUUAUUAUUCACAUUUAAUAUCAGGGGGGUGUCCUAAGUCCCACUGCUAUGAGAGACAGGAAACAGGCAGCUUUUAUAGAACACACUCCAGUUACCUUGUUAACACACACUGAUAUGAUUACAGAUCUACAUCCAUCAUUAGAUUACCAUGUCAUGUUAUUAUAUGAUUAUUAAGAGAUGGCUGUGUCACCUGUAAAGGUGUGUAAAGGGCUAUGCUGUAUUGGUGAACACGUACAGUCAACCACAGGUCAUGCAUAUAUAGCGCAUACACAACCACACACACCGACAUACACAAACAUGCACACAGCUGCCAAAGCAACAGCAAAUCCAACUUAGAUUCACCUUAGAAACUGCUUGAUUUCUCAAGUCAGAACCCCAACUUUGUUUACUGUAAACUCUGACUGACUUGUUCUGUACAGCAUGAUAUCUUUUUUGUUGUUUUUUUUGUUGUUUUGUUUUUCAUUUACAGUACAAGGAGGGAGUUUGAUUAUAUGUUUGUAUCAUUAUUGUCAGGGCAUGUUGAGUUGAUUGAUGUCAUUUUCUACCCUCUCUCUACUUCCUCCCCCUUUCUGCCCGCCUGCUCCAUGGUUGUCAUGGAGACGCAGCGAUCUGCAUCCUCACCGUGGAGCACUGUCAUUAAUCUUUGCACCCUCACAAUAUUUCUAAAAAGGAGAUUUCUUAAAGAUCAACAUGUUUACUAAUGGAAUAUUUCUAAUUUUUUCUGUUUGAAGCGAAUGGAAGAAUAAAGUAGUUUUUACUCUCGCUCUCCUGUCUGUCUGUGUG